CUGGGCAGAACGCUGAAGAGAAACAAUGAAGUUGCUCGUGGUCCUUUCAGCCCUGGUGGCUUUUUCCGAAUGCCUGCACAAGAUCCCCCUGAUCAAGGGGAAGACUGCCAGGGAAAACCUCCAGGAGAAAGGACUGUGGGAACAGUAUAGGAAGCAGCAUCCAUACAACCCCAUGGCAAAGUUCUACCAGACUGGCAUUGAGUCCAUGACCAACGAUGCUGACUUGUCCUACUACGGUGUGAUCUCCAUCGGUAACCCUCCUCAGUCCUUCAGCGUCAUCUUUGACACCGGCUCCUCCAACCUGUGGGUCCCUUCAGUCUACUGCUCCAGCGAGGCUUGCAACAACCACAAUAAAUUCAACCCAGGGCAGUCCAGCACUUUCCAAUGGGGCGACCAGACUCUGUCCAUCCAGUACGGCACCGGCAGCAUGACUGGACGUCUGGCAAGUGACAAUGUUGAGGUGGGAGGCAUCACGGUGCCAAACCAGGUGUUUGGGAUCAGCGAGACAGAAGCUCCUUUCAUGGCUCAGAUGGCAGCCGAUGGCAUCCUGGGGUUGGCCUUCCAGAGCAUCGCCUCUGACAAUGUCGUGCCUGUCUUUGACAACAUGGUCAAGCAGGGACUUGUUUCCCAGUCCCUGUUCUCCGUCUACCUGAGCGGCAAUAGUGAGCAGGGCAGUGAGGUGGCCUUCGGUGGUAUUGACAGUAGCCAUUACACCGGUCAAAUCACAUGGAUCCCUCUGACCUCUGCCACCUACUGGCAGAUCCAAAUGGACAGUGUCACCAUCAAUGGACAGGCUGUGGCCUGCACUGGUGGCUGCCAGGCCAUCAUUGACACUGGUACCUCCCAGAUUGUUGGCCCAACCAAUGACAUCAACAACAUGAAUUCCUGGGUUGGAGCCACAGCCAACCAGAAUGGAGAGGCUACAGUGAACUGCCAGAACAUCCAAGGCAUGCCUGAAGUCACCUUCACUCUCAACGGACAGGCCUUCACCAUCCCUGCAUCUGCCUACGUCUCACAGAGCUCCUACGGCUGCAGCACUGGCUUUGGCCAGGGUGGCUCCCAACAGCUCUGGAUCCUGGGAGAUGUCUUCAUCAGGCAGUUCUACGUCAUCUUCGAUACGGAGAAUCAGACCGUUGGCCUGGCCCAGUCUGUCUAAUCAAAUGAGACAUUUGAAUGUAUACUUAGGGGCUUGUCUGAUUGAAAGAAGAAAAUGGUGCAAUUGGUGAUAGUGAGAAUAUGUUUGAACAUAUGCGUUUGAAUUAAAUUGAUUACAGCAAUAAGAAUCA